UCCAUCUCAGAGCAGUUGCUGUCAAGGGCUCGACACGGACAAAAGCAGUGAACAGGACUCCCCUCUUGCUGUUUUAUACCCUUUUAAACAUAUUUACUUUCCAGGAGACAGGAAGUAGACAUCAUGAACACUCUGAACCAACAGUAUGAGGAGAAGGUGCGUCCCUGCAUCGACCUCAUCGACUCUCUUCGCUCUCUGGGUGUAGAGAAGGACUUGGCGCUGCCUGCUAUCGCCGUGAUUGGAGACCAAAGCUCGGGGAAGAGCUCCGUGUUGGAGGCGCUGUCAGGGGUGGCUCUGCCAAGAGGAAGUGGAAUUGUGACAAGAUGUCCUCUCGAAUUGAAGAUGAAGAGAAAGAGAGAAGGAGAGGAGUGGUUUGGGAAGAUAAGCUACCAUGACCAUGCGGAAGAGAUAGAAGAUCCUGCAGAUGUGGAGAAAAAGAUUAGAGAAGCUCAGGAUGAAAUGGCCGGGGUCGGAGUGGGGAUCAGUGAUGACCUCAUCAGUCUGGAGAUCGCCUCUCCUGAUGUUCCAGACCUCACUCUUAUUGACCUGCCUGGCAUCGCCAGGGUGGCCGUAAAGGGACAACCUGAGAACAUUGGAGACCAG